AUGCCUUGGUCAGCAACACAGCAGAAAAGACUUGGAUUUGAGAAAAAUUUACUUGAGAAGUACUUCCGUAACAGAGUAACAUGGAUCGAUCCCACUGGCAACACCAGAGUCGAAGUUAGAGUGACGUGUACCAACGACAAGCAAUACACACUCAGAGUUUAUCUGCCAUCGGACUACCCCAGUUCUUGCCCUGAAAUGAUUGUAAGCUAUCCUUCCUCAUGCCUUAGAAGAAGAGACGGUUCUUUGAUGAGUGGUAUGAGCGGAGCAGACCACAUUUUGGGAAUCAGGGAUGGCUGUACCAAGAUAUGUCAUUUCAACAGCAGUUUGUGGAAAGAUGACAAUACGUUAUAUCAGGUUGUUAUGAAGGGCUUAAUUUGGCUGGAGGCUUAUGAAGCGCAUCUUCGUACUGGCCAUUCUUUGAAUAGGUACUUACAAGAGAUGUGAGUGGAACACUUUAUACAGCAACUGUGAAAACCCCACAAUACUUUUGUUCGUUGGGACUAUAGUGUUAACUGAAUAACAUUCGCCUUCGUUAUUUAAAAUAAUAGAAGCUAUUGAGCGCUUUCACACACGGGGGCAGCUGCUAUGCAAAUUUAUUGGAACUAAUGAAAGAAUUCACAUAAGGAAAGGGAUCAACUCCUACGGGACUGGUUUGGUGCACCAAUAUGGCAGCCGUUUCUUUAUUUGGAAUACCAAUAUGGCGUACGCGACGUCAUGUGAAAACGCUCUAUUGUUAACUGAUAGUAUUAUGCGACUAACUUGAUUAGAAUAUGGAGGGAAUCAUAAGGGAGUGAUUUAAGCACAAAAUAAUAAAUAAAUGAAAUAAGUAAACAUCGUAGCGAUGACUAACGCAGGCGCAUACACCCGAUCUAAUGUUUCAAUAAGCUUUAAUGCUACAGUCACGUAAAGUUUAAUGUGUCGCCUGUACAAAAAUAAAGCAUAAUCCUAAACUAAACAACCUUGGCCCUAGAUAGACGGUACCAAAAGCAAAAUAAUAGAUCCAAACGAUUGUUUGAAAUUCAAAAUAGCAGUAUAAUAAUGGAAUGGACCUAAGUUGUUGCCAAUUAAAACCAUCCGCUUCUCGGAAAUACAGGAACUUUUUAGCGCCACGUGAUGUUUACAAUUUCGUGAAGAUUAAAAACCAAUACAACUUUAUCAUUGUUAACAACUCUUUAAACAUUUUCCCAGAAAAUUUUAGAAAAGACGAAAAGUUUGGCGGUCAUAUCUUGAACGGUUUGGAAGUUAUUCAACUUUUUAGUAAUUGUGGGGGAGCCCUCCCGUGGUCUGAAUAGGAUUAAACGGUGCGGGUGACACACGAGUUCGGUAGAAAGCAUUUUAAAGUCGUCGCGACAAACAUUACCGUAUCCGAAGUUAUAUUGUAAAACAAAGUAAGACGUAGGAUGACAACUUUAAUCAGGUGCAAGGAAGAAUUCUCUCUUCACAGUUAGUAAAGAGCUAUGUGAUGAUAAAUAUUUGCUUUAUGCAAUUCAAGGACAAGUUUUAAAAGAUUUCCUAGAAAAGUAUUUGUAGGCAGGGUAAAGGUCGAGGUGUCUAGGCUCAAUUGUAUGUUUUGCUUUAGAAUUUUUCAUGCCGUGAUAAGGAGCACAAUUGAGAGAGCACGAAUAGGUACAUAUUACAUAUCAGCUAGGAUAUACAUACAGUUAACGUUUUUAUUCUUAUUGGUAAAAUAACAUGCAUUGUAUGCGGUAAAAAAUAAAUUAAAUUAAAGCAGAAAAGCAAAACUUGUGGAUCUGUAUCAUGUUGACUUUCUGUGUUUGUCACAUAAGCAAUCAAAAAUGACCCUCAUUAAUGUCCAAUGUGUGCCAUAAUAGUUUGUAAGUAGCACCGCUCUAGUAAGGAAUUCGAAUCUGCGGGUACCGUUUCUUACGCCGAUUUGAGUUCAAAAGUACACGGAGUUAGCUUGUACUUUGAUUUUAGUUUAGCCAUUCCCUUCUAUUAUUUGGCAUUGCAGGUCAAACAUUGUGUUUGUUAAUUGAAACAAGGCGUCGACCCCGAAGUUUUAUGCAAAGCUAUUUGCAGUAACUUUGUUAUGCCACUCUAUUUGAUGUUGUUGCAGCAGGGAGAAACGCAAGGACAGAGAUGGCCUUGUGGUGACUCUGUCUUAAUAGACCCCACUGUCAGCUGCAGGUGAACGUCGGGUGCGUGUAGCUCAGGUUGUAGGAAGGCUUUGUGGUGAACAGCUGUUAGGUGUCCUAGAUACAAACAAUUACCAGAAAGCAGAAAUAAGAAAUAAGUACAUGCAAGUUAUACAAGGAGAGAAAACGCCGAUGAUAAUUCACAAGACUCAGAUUCAAAUAUAUAUACAUCUUCCAUUUACUGUUGAAGAUACGAAGGACGACGGGGGGGGGGGAUUAGCUUUCUUGGGAUCAAUCAAUACUGUGAGGGUUACAGUGUAAGUAGCCUCAAUUGUGGUAAUAGCACAUUAGUUGAAAGGGUGGCGGUGGUGGUGGUGGUGUUGUUGGUAAUGGUGUUGGCGGUGGUGUUGGUUGUGGUGGUAGUGUUGGUGUUGGUGGCAGUGGUGGUGAUGGUGUUGUUGCCAACAACAACAACAUAAGCUUUAUUACCAAAUAAAAGUUAACUUAAUUUACAAUAUAAUAUAUUAAUACAAAAAAAGGUAACAUUUACUCAGAAUAACUAAAAAGCUAAUCGAGCUGAGUAAAGCUAAAUAAUGUUCAGGCAUAGGAGGUAGGUUGGCACUAAAGCUAGAACAAACAAGGAAUUAGUAAAUAGAUAAAAGGAAAAAAAAUGAAAAAGAAAAAAAAAAGACUCACGAACAGUAAGACUAUAAGAUGUUUAACAUGACUUUGUUUUUAAAGGAUUUAAGUGGGAGGUGUUUAAUGCUUUCAUCAAGGUUAUUCCAAGCUUUUACAGCCGCAAAGCGAAAGUUGAAUUUACCAUGGUUUCUUUUGAUAGUAUUGAGAUAAUAGGUUGAUUUAGAAGCAAGCCUGGUAUUGUAUGAGUGUAUGGAUGCUACCGUUCUACAGAAAAUUUCAAAGGAAGAUGGAAGAAAAUUAUGGUGAUAGUUAUACAUGUGUGUUGGUGUUAUUGUUGUUGUUGUUAUGGUAAUGGUGGUGUAGGUAGUAAUGGUGGUGUUGGUUGUGUUGGAGAUGGUGGUAUUAGCGGUGGUGUUGGUUUUGUUGGGGCUGGUGGUGUUGGUUGUGGUGGAGUUGGUGGUGUUCUGGGUUGUGUUUGUGUUGGUUUUGGUGGUGUUCUUGGUUGUGUUGGUGGUGGUGGUGGUGUUUGGUGUUGCUGUUGGUAUUGGUGUUGGUGGUGGUGUUGGCGUUGUUGAAAGUGUUAGUGUUGGUGGUUGUGUUGGUGGUGGUGUUGGUUGUUGUGUUGGUGGUGGUGGUGGUAUUGGUGUUGGUGUUGGUAGUGUUGGUUGUGGUGGUGUUGAUGGUGGUGGUGUUGGUGGUGUUCUUGGAUGUAUUAGUGGUGGUGGUGGUAUUGGUAUUAGUGGUGGUGUUGGUGUUGGUGCUGGUGUUAUUGAAGGUGUUAGUGUUGGUGGUAUUGGUGUUGUUGUUUGUGUUGGUGCUGAUGGCGGUGUUGGUGGUGGUGGUGGUGGCGGUUGU